AUGAGGAGGAGAAAAGAGGAGGAUGAAGAUGUUGAAGAGGAGGAUGAAAAUGAUGAAGGUGAAGAAGAUGAAGAGGAGGAUGAUGAAGGAACAUUGCAAGAUAAAGUAAGGGGAAAAAGUGGAAAGAGAAGAAGAAAAAGUAAAAAGAGGGAGGAGGAGGAAGAAGAGGAGGGGGAGGAGGGUGAUGAAGAAGAAGAAGAAGAAGAGGAUGAUGAGACGGUGAAGAAGAGUAGAAAGAGGAAGCAUAAAGAGGAUAAUGAUGUUGAAGAAGAGGAUGAAGAUGACGAACAAGUGUUGGAAGAUGAAAAACCUGCAAAAAAACAUAAAAAGAAAAAACACAAACAUAAUGAAGACCACCACCCCCACCCCCACCACCACCCUCACCACCAUCAUCAUCAACAUCAUGUAGAUCAUCAUAAACAUACAGGUAAAAAGAGGAAACGAACAGAUGUUAAAGAAGAAGAAGAAAAAAACUUUAUAACAAAACUUUCUGAUAAAGACAAAGAAAUAUUUAACGAUUGUAAAUUAGCAGAUUCAGAAGGAUAUUUUAAUCCUGGAAAACAUCCAGAAUAUGCGGGAUGGUUGCAAGGAAAAUGCACAGAUUAUAUUUUAUUUAAAGGAAGGAAAAAAUAA